AAUUUUUCCAUAUAUAUAACUCAAAACCCCUGUGAGUAUUAGCUUUGUCCACCUUUUCUUUGCCUUAGAGCCAAGUUUUGUGAGGUGUGAACAAACAAAACCAAACCAAACAUGGCCUCAGGAGCUUCGGCUGAAGGGUUCUUCAGGUGCUUCUACGAGGGCUGCAUCUCAGGCUGUGACUCGGCCAUCGAGCGCCGUCCGUACCACCGGAACUGCAGCUGUGCUCUACACGAAUCUGGCAAGAAGAAGAAGAGCCAUUGUUCUCAUGGUGGUUUGCCUAUGAGCAAAAAGGUUUCUUACCCAAUAAGGAGGGCUUGGAGUGAAGGGUCCUUGGCUUUGGUGGGGGCUACGGCUGCUGCUUCUUCUGCUCAGUCUUCUCCUGCUUCUUCUUCUUCUCCGGUGGCCAUGGUUGGAAUUGGAAGGAAGAAUUCCCAAUCGAGUCUAUGUGAUAUGGAAGAAUAAAAUAGUACAAAUAAUAAUAUUAAUAACAGGGUCUUCUUCUUCUUCUUAAUGGAUGGAUCUUUUGGUCUUAUUAGAGGGUACUACGAUUUGUUUAUUUUGUUUGAAUAACAAGAACCCAACUAAGAUUUGGAAGAAAUUUUGUGAUCUCAAUGUUUUUUUGAUCUGGAGAGAUUAAGGGAAGAUGGUGUUUAGAAGGGUUUCUGGAUCUGGAUCAAGAAAAAAAAAUGACAAGUGUAAUUGAUGGAAUUAUGUUACUAAAGUCCUCCCAAUUGUAUUUAAUGUAUAUAUGGUUCGGUUCUAUAUGCUGAUCUUCUUUUCAUUAUGAGAAAUUAAUGAAAAUUUCCUUGUAGUCUCUGACAAUUACUAUAUAUGUUUUGUUGCUAAUAUGAUAUAUUGUUAUGUUAA